CACUGCAAGAAACUUAUAAAUAUUUGUUAUUACUUUUUAUUUAAGUAUGUAUUCCUUCUAUAAGUGAUAAACAAUCAGUGAAUUUGAAAUGAAAAGUUGAUUACAAACUAAGUUUUCAUAUAAAACCAUAAUUUUGUAAAACAAAACUUCAAAAUGAAUACUUCGAGUGAAAGCCGUAACACAGACUUUGGUCCCUCUAUUCUGUCUAACAGUUCCGUCACAAACAAUGAAAGCAGCGGCUCUUCACAGACGGCUCACACCACUCGCAACACUAUAUCUAUACAGUUGACGGUCGCCAGCGGUUCCCUCAAUAAGACCUCACCAUUGAUGCCGACCGAAGUGUUUGAAUCUAAUCCCGCCAUUCAGGACACCGUCUCCAAAGUGCUUCAGAGCUACGACUGGUCACUAGUGGCGCGAACUAAUAGACAAACCACAAGCACUAAACAGAAAACUCAUGUCAAACGGCCUAUGAAUGCAUUCAUGGUGUGGGCUCAGGCGGCCCGACGCAAACUGGCUGAACAACACCCGCACAUACAUAACGCUGAACUCAGCAAAACUCUGGGCCGACUCUGGAGUAGAGUAUUGGGCGACGAAGAGAAGAAGCCUUUCAUGAUUGAAGCGGAAAGACUUCGCUGUAAGCAUAAGAAAGACUUUCCUGAAUAUAAAUAUCAACCCCGAAGAAGGAAACCACUGAAACCAAUGCUGGCCACCAGUUCUUCGACGUCUACUUCCACGACAACAACCAAUUACUCAAACCAACAGAGCGUCGAAAGCAAUCAUUCAAUGAGUGGUAGGACUACAGAAACCAAUGCAUCAAACGAUACGAACCAACACUGCAGAGAAAGUCCCGCCACGACUCCCGAUAAGGUAUGGCCUCCACACCCGACUGACAGCGUUGGUCAUUGCAGAUCAGCUCUGGUCAAUACAUCAGACAGAGUUUGGUCCGGACUUCCGCCUGAAUCCGGCCAACACUGUAGGAGUGCUUUGAACUCUAAUGCAGACAGAGUUUGGCCUCAAAUGCAAACUGAAUCGACACAACACUGCAGACCCGGUUUGACUGCCGAUAGAGUUUGGCCACAACUGCAGGCCGAAAGUGAUCAACACUGCCGAUCAAAUCUGACUAAUACUUCGGACAGAGUUUGGUCGUCAUUGCAAAUCGAUUCGGGACAACACUGUAGGCCAGGCCUACCAAACGCCGCGGACCGGGUUUGGUCUGGGCUUCAAAUCGAUUCGGCACAACAUUGCAGAUCAAGUUUAGCUAAUCCUGCGGACCGGGUUUGGCCCGCACUGCAAAUAGAGUCGGCCCAACACUGCCGCUCUAGUCUUGUUAAUACGGCCGAUAGGGUUUGGCCGUCACUGCAGAUCGAUUCGGGACAACACUGUCGCGCAACUCUGGCCAGUAGUUCAGACAGAGGUUGGCCUACCAUUCAGACAGACUCCGCACAACACUGCAGACCCCCUCUAACCAACACAUCGGAUAGGGUUUGGUCGACAUUGCAGUCCGAUUUCGGACAACACUGUAGACCCAGUUUAGCUAAUAGUGCGGACCGCAUGCCAAAUAUCCAUCACUGGUAA